CUGGCACAACCGGCCCUGUAAGUGAAUUCAUGAUCUUGAUUCGGCCCAGUAAGUAAUUGAGUUUGACCCUCCUGCAAUAGAGUAUUGUUGUUACUAUCAGUUUUUAUUUGAUUUCAGAUUUUUUAUUUGUCAUUUAUUUCUUUGUCUAUGCAGAUGCAGAAGAUGCUGAUUAAUCAAAUGGAGGAGAUGGAAAAGAGAGUCAGUGACGUCAAACCGGGUCAUUCUGCGGUGCAGAACCAUCUUGGAGAAGCCAACAGCAAGAUCAGCCGAGUUUUUCAGGAUAAAGGAAACCCAGAGGAACAGCUUAACAAAACCAAAAAAGAUCCACACGACUUUGAGAUCCACAACAUCGUCACUAAUCCAAAGGAGGAGAACUCAGAGGUAAAUGAACAAUUGAGACAAGAACUGGAAGAGAUGAAGAAACAUCUGGCUGAGUCACAACAUCAGCUGCAGGAGCUAAACGAGGAGAGAAACAUAAAAUUAAGACAGAUCCCAGAUCAGAUCAGAGAAAAGGAGAAUCAGCUGAAUGAAAGAAACCCAGGAGGACAUGAUGCAUUAAAUGAAUCAACAGGAAACAACAACCAGCGCAGAACAGCAACACAAGAUUUGGACCUGGAAAAUCAGAAACUGCGGAAUCAGUGUGUCUGUUUGGAAGAAAAGCUCAAAGAGAAGGAAAAGAUGCUGCAAAUGCACGAGAAAACAUAUCAAAAAAAGGAUGAAAUGAGACUCCUGCGCAUUAAAGAACUAGAAGAUUUGGCCUCACACUGGACAGAAAAAUGGCAAAACGUUGCUUUGAACCUUCAGUCUACAGAAGAUGAGUUAGAGGAACUGAAGAGAAGCUGCACCACUGAUACAAGAGAAUCUGAGUCUUUACUGAGGAGUGAACAGGAAACAGGUGGUGAUUUGGUGCAGACUCUUCACAAAGACACACAAACAGACCUUUCAGAAUCCUCUUUAACACCAGACUCCACAUGCAGCAGAAAUAAAUCUCCUCAGCUUUGGACGCAAAGCGGCGAGGUUCAGUGGCUGAAGCAAAAACUUUCAGAAACAGAAAGGGAAGUGAGUGAGAGAGAGCAUGAUUUGAGGACUAUGGAACGGCAAAGAGAGAUGGAAAGAGCUGAGGCUCAAAUUAGGAUUUCUGCUCUUGAACUCAAGCUCAUGAAAAGGGCGUCUGAAUUGUGUCAAAACGGUGGAGGAGUUCAGGCGGAUGUGUCAAACCCUGCCUCGAUGCACGAGCAACAAGACGAGUGGAGGGAAAAGUUGGAUGAGACGCAGCAGCUAAAUCCUCCAGCCCUCCACAAACAUCCAAACCAGAGGCAGAAGUUUUCCCACAGUGGGGGUAAAAAUGAGACUUUGUGGAUUGAAGACAAGAAGAAUAAAACCAUCUGCCUUGUUGACCAAGAGGUGGAGCAGCAGAGAAGAAUGGUCACACAGCAGUUAAAGAGCUUGUUUAAGAAGCGAGAAGGAAAGGAGGCGAGAAGAUUUGCUGAUUCACAAUCAAUUGCUCAAAGUGGAUCCUCCUCAACUCAGGACUGGACUCCCACAUCUCUGGUUAUUAGGGCUGCAGCAGACAGGAGAAAUUGGCAGCCUGGCUCGGCUUUAAUGCCGGUGUUGGAGGAGGAGGAUGAAGAGAACGGGGACUGGUCAGGAGUGGAUGAAGGGAAUGUAAAACAGGAAGCCCACACUGAGUGUUAAAGUUUCACCUCUCUGGCUGCAAACGACAGAAAUUGAUGGUCUCUGUGGGGGAAAGGUGACCUGCGGUGGAGGAACACCAUCAACCUGAUGGAGUAUUUCUGGAUCAGACUGUUGAUGUUUGCAAUCAAGAUGAAGAUGAAGUAGAGGAAAAACUAUAGCUUAGAAAAUCUUCAAUAUCUGGAAAAAACAAGCAGCAUUGAACUCUCCAAACAAACUGAAUGUUGGCCUAUAUUUUUGAGUAUUUUUGUGCUUGUCACUUCAUAAAUACUCUCUCGCUUACCUACAUUUUAAAGACUUUUUAUGUAAAUGUUCAGUCAAUUUAAUCUUACAGGCUUUUCUACAGAGUGCCUUGCAAAAAUAUGUACACACAUAUUUAAACUCCAAACUUUCAAAGUGUCGAAUAAAUAUGCAGUGGAAGAAAAACAUUUUCACAAAAUCUAAAAAGUCUGGUGUUCAUUUGCAUUAAACCGUCAUGAAUAAAUUAUAUGUGGAGCCAA